AUGUUACCAAUUAAAGCUUUAUUAUCAACAGCUAUUCUUGCUUCCACUGCUUUAGCCAGUGCCACCAACCAAGUUGCUCUUUAUUGGGGCCAAAACAGUGUUGGUCUUGCUGAAACCGAUGGUGGUCAAGAAAGAUUAGCCGCUUACUGUGAUAACACUGAUGUUGACAUUAUCUUGUUAUCAUUCUUAAACUUCUUCCCAGACCCAUUAAACGUCAACUUUGCUAACCAAUGUGGUGAUACUUUCAGCUCUGGUUUAUUGCAUUGUCAAAGAAUUGGUGAAGAUAUUAAAACUUGUCAAUCUAAAGGUAAGAAAGUCUUGUUAUCUAUGGGUGGUGCCGCUGGUAACUACGGUUUCCAAACCACUGGUAGUGCUACUGAAUUCGCCACUACUUUAUGGAACAAAUUUGGUGCUGGUGAAGAUGAUGAAAGACCAUUUGAUGAUGCCAUUAUUGAUGGUUUUGAUUUUGAUAUCGAACUUCCAAAUGAAGAUGGCAAAUCUGUUGGCUACCCAGAAUUAGCUACUGCUUUGAGAUCUAAAUUUUCUGAAGAUUCUUCUAAACAAUACUACUUAUCUGCUGCUCCACAAUGUCCAUACCCAGAUGCUUUGCUUAAAGAUUUAAUGAAUCAAGUUCCACUUGAUUUUGCUUUCAUUCAAUUUUACAACAACGAAUGUUCUAUUGAUCAAGAAUUCAACUAUGAUACUUGGCAAACUUUUGCUGAAACUGCACCAAACUCUGAUAUUCAAUUAUUUGUUGGUGUUCCAGCUACCAGUAACAUUGCCGGUUACGUUGAUGCCGAAAAAUUAUCCACUGCUAUUGAUCAAAUUAAAUGUGAUGCCAACUUUGCUGGUGUUUCUCUCUGGGAUGCUUCUGGUGCUUGGUCAAAUGUUAAUGAUGAAGGUGAAAAUUUCGCUGCUCAAGUUAAGAAAGUUUUGAAUGAUAAUGUCUGUGAAGCUCCAUCUUCAUCUUCCGUUGAAGAAGAAUCAACUUCCACUGCUGAAGAAGAAUCCACUACCGAAGAACCAACUGAAGAAUCCACUACUGAAGAACCAACUGUUGAAUCUACUACUUUACCUUCUUCUACUGCUCACUACUACGGUAACUCCACUGUUUCUUCCACUCAAUCAUCUACUAAGGUUUCCUCUAGUUCAUCCACCGUUGUUUCAUCUUCUGCUACCAAAGCCCCAGGUUCUGGUACUGGUCUUAUCACUGUCACUGAUAUCCACAAGACUGUUGUCACUGUUACUUCUUGUUCAGAAGAUAAAUGUCACGCUACUCCAGUUACCACUGGCUAUGUUGUUGUUACUGAUCUCCACACUGUUUACACUACCUAUUGUCCAUUGACUAAUAGUGAAGUUGUUGUUCCAGUUGAAUCUACUACCAUCAGAUCAACUUCUAUUUCCACCGUUCCUUGUACUACUAGUACCGGUACUCAAGAAGGUAACAAAGAUGUCGUCACCAAAUCUGCCACUACUUCUUGCGAAGAAACCGAAACCGCUGAACAACCAAAAACUUUAGCUGGUGAAACCACUACUAUUACCACUACCAAAGAAGGUCACGUUGAAACUGUUACUGGCACUACUGAAUGUUCUACUUCUACUUCUGCUCCAGCUCCAGCUGAAAAUGAAACAGAAAAGGAACACCAAAAAGAACAACCAGAAACUACUUCUGCUCCAGCUGUCAUUGUUUCUUCUUCUUCAGGUGUUGUUGUCUCCUCUACUGUUGUUCCAGCUGGUGAAGAAUCCGGUGAAACUGUUUACUCCACCAUUGAAAUCACUUCCACUAUUGUUCCAUACCCAGUUCCAACUACUGUUACUUACAGCAGUAAUAAUGGUACUCAACCAGCUGGUAAUGGUACUGUUCCAGUCUUCACUUAUGAAGGUGCUGGUGUCGUUAACACCAUUAACAAUGCUUGGUACACUUUACCACUUUUGUUGGUUGCUUUAGCUUUUUAG